AUGUUGACUGCUGGGCUCAGAUGCAAGUUAGACCCCAAGCUGAGGAAUCAAUCACUGCUUGUCAUAAUGAGAAAUUGGGGAAUGUUUAUAUAUGCCAUGUUUUAUGAUGAACUAACAGAGAAAUAAGUAUUCAUGGAUAUCACAUAUAAAUUUAAUGAAUCUGCUGUGGAUAUUGAUUGCAAAAUGAUCAAUCCUAACAGUACAAAUAUGGAGUCGCAUGUAGCAGGUCUUGAUACUCAACAAAAACUAUUGUCUUCCAGUGAUAUAAAACAAGAAAAUGUGAAUCCAAAUGAAUCAGAUGAACUUAAUGUACCAGCUAGUCUGAAUAUUGAGUUAGAGCUUUUCCGUUCCAGUAAUAUUAAACAGGAAGUUAUGAGCCCAUUUGAUGAACAAGAAAACUAUUAUUAAUCCUUGUGCUGAACCAAGCAGACCUGCUUUGAAUUUUAGUGAACAGAAAAUGACUGAAAGUGAAACAACAUCCAGCAAUAUAACAAAUGUUCCAGAUUUGAAUACUAAUCAGAAAUCUAUAGUUAUUGAUUUUGACAUGUCCACAAAGUUCAAUGAAAAGAAAAUAACUGAACAGAUUUCUGGGAACACUACGAUGACACCGCUUUUGAAUUCUCUGGGGACAUCUACAUGUAGUAUUCCUACUGAUUCAAUCCAGAGAAACUCACCCCAAGUGAAAUCACAACCUGAUAUUGAACAAGAAAAAACAGAUUUUACCGAGUUUGGUAAAACUAAAUACCAGUGUAAGAAGUGUCUAAAAAUUUGUAGUAGAUCAUAUAGCCUGAAAGCUCAUGAAAAGACACAUCUUAAUGAGCCUGUCAUGAAUUACAAAUGUCUCCACUGUGAUAUUUUCUUCAGUAAUGCGUAUGAUUUCAAAAGGCAUGAGAGUCAACAUGAUGUCAAUGAAAAAUAUAAAUGUAAGCUUUGUUUAUUUACUUGUACGAGGGCCAGUAGUAUGUCAUUGCAUCAGAAGACACACCGUGUGAAGCCAUACAAAUGUAAAUACUGUGAAAAUUGCUAUACUCAUGAAUUUAAUUUAAAACUGCAUGAGAGAGGACAUAUAGGCCAAGUUGGAUGUGUGCAAAUUAGAUGCGAGGCAUGCAGUAAAUGUUUUGACAGGGAAACAAGUCUGAAAAUUCACAACCAAAUGCAGAACAGCAAGAAAGGUUCCAUUAAAUGUAAAAUCCUUUGUGACCAGUGUUUUAAGGAUAGGAGUAAUUUGAAAAAGCCUGAGACAAAAGUCACAAAACAAACUGAUAGGAAAUCGGUUAAGUGCAAAUUCUGCACUAAAUCAUUUAGUUUGAAUACAUCUUUGAAGAUUCACGAAAAGAGGCGUCAUUGUAAUAAAAUCAAAAACCCAUUGAAAUCAUACAAAUGCGUUCCUUGCGGUAAAAUUUUCAAAGAUGUGCUGAAUCUUUUAAGUCAUUCAAGGAUACAUACCAAAAGAAACAGUGAGAAUUUAAAAGGGCAGAAAAGUAUUACCAAGAAGGAAAAGAAGCCGCACCAGUGUAUGUAUUGCGGUAAAUUGUUUGAAAAAGCAUACCAAGUCAAGGAGCAUGAGCGAAUUCACACUGGUGAAAGACCAUUUCAGUGUUUAACUUGUGGCCAAACAUUCAUUAGGAUUAGUGUAUGGAAGGAACAUCAACAGAGGCAUGUUACCAGUUACAAACCAUUCAAAUGUGAGUUCUGUAGCAAAGGAUUCUGGAGAAAGCCAAAUUUGGCAAAACAUACAAGAAUACAUACUGGUGAUAAGCCAUUUGCUUGUCAGUAUUGUGGCAAAUUGUUCAUUGCACGAACUAAUAGGAAUCAACAUGAAAGAGUUCAUACUGGUGAAAAGCCAUAUAAAUGUAAAUAUUGUGAUAAAACUUUUAGUCAAACAAGUAACAUGAGGCAGCAUGAGAAAACGCAUGUUGUCAAAUAACACAGUAUUUCUAGUGUGUAUGUAUGUAUAUCUUUAUUGCCCUGUAUGAAAAGGAAAUACAUGUUGUCAAGUGACACAGUAUUUUUAGUAUGUAUGUUUGUAUAUCUUUAUUACCCUUUAUGAAAAGGAGAUACAUGUUAUUGAUACAGUGUGUAUGUAUGUAUAUCUUUAU